UUAGUUGUCAACACACUAAUCUAUCUUCCAAUCCUAUUGGAAUGCGUUCCUUAUUUGCCUUCGAUCUUCGUUCGAAACUAAACAUGAGUUUGAUGCAAGGCACCACCCAAAUGAAGUCGCAAUAUUAAACAAUGUUUCGAAGUCGAAGCUGGUUUGGAGGAGGGCUCUGGAAACCCAAAAAUCCUCAUUCUUUGGAGCACCUUAAGUAUCUGUACAAUGUCUUAUCGAAGAAUCAGACUGUGUCUGAAAAUAAUAGGGGCUUAUUGGUAGAAACUCUGCGUUCUAUAGCUGAAAUUUUAAUAUGGGGUGACCAAAAUGAUAGUAGCGUAUUUGAUUUUUUCUUGGAGAAAAAUAUGCUUUCAUUCUUUCUACGUAUUAUGAAACAAAAAUGUGGAAGCUAUGUAUGUGUUCAAUUGCUACAGACCCUAAACAUAUUGUUUGAGAAUAUACGUAAUGAGACUUCUUUGUAUUACUUACUUAGUAAUAAUCAUGUAAACAGUAUAAUAGUGCACAAAUUUGACUUCAGUGAUGAAGAAGUGAUGGCAUAUUAUAUCAGUUUCUUAAAGACAUUAAGUUUGAAGUUAAAUGCACACACCAUUCAUUUCUUCUAUAAUGAGGUAAACGAGCACACCAAUGAUUUUCCAUUGUAUACGGAAGCAAUUAAAUUUUUUAACCACUCCGAAGGUAUGGUUCGUAUAGCAGUGCGAACCUUAACUUUAAAUGUGUAUCGUGUAGAAGAUGCCUCCAUGUUAGCAUUUAUAAGAGAUCGCACUGCUGCACCUUAUUUCAGUAAUCUUGUAUGGUUUAUUGGUAAUCACAUUAUAGAGCUUGACACUUGUGUCAGAAAUGAUGCAGAUCAUCAAAGUCAAAACAGAUUAUCAGAUCUAGUAGCAGAGCACUUAGAUCAUUUACACUAUUUAAACGAUAUACUGUGUUUAAAUAUAUCUGAUUUGAAUAAAGUUUUAUCGGAUCAUCUACUUCACAAAUUAUUAGUUCCACUAUAUGUUUAUUCGCUCAUGAGACAUAAAGAUCUUUUGUGCCAAAAUCAGGAAGAGAGAAAACAUAUAAGCGUAGUAGUAGCUUUAUUUCUACUCUCUCAAGUAUUUCUAAUAGUUUCUCAUGGACCACUUGUACAUACACUAGCAGCAGUAAUGCUACUGUCAGACUUAGAAACAAUUCAAACAGGAGCAAGCAAAGUGCUUGAAAUAUAUGGUGACAUUAUACCAAAUAAACCUAUUGCGUUUUCACCACCAAGAGAGAGUUUAGAAAAGUCUCUUGAAAAUUUAAGUGAGACCUUAAGCGUGUUGGAUGAACUUUGCGAAGAAGAAGUAGAAGAACAAGAUGAUGAUGAAGAAGAAGAAGAAGAAAAAGGAGAAGAAAGUAAUUUAGAUGAAAGAACGGAUAAUACUGAAAGUGAGGCUAAAGAAACAUCAGAAAUAAACCAUCCCAGUACAUCAUUUGAUACUGCUUCAAUGGGAAAUUCUACCAUACUAUCGAGUCCAGAACAACAGGAAAAUAGCAUUCCAAAUGAAGAUUUGGAAGAAAUGAAACAUUUAAAUAUAACUGAUGAAGAAAAAGAACAAAGAUUGGCACUGGAAAGCCCCUUAGCACCUCAGAUACAACAAACUGUAAAUGAAUCAUUGACGAAUAAGCCAUUUUUAGAAACAAUCCUAAAUUCUUUAUUUUGCACAGAAAACGAUUAUGCUGCAUUAUUUGGAUUGUGUUUACUUUAUGCUCUAGCUAACAAUCAGGGUGUAGAACGUAAAACCUUGGACCCAAUUUUAUUCAAUUCACGAAAUACUACAAGUUUAUAUAAUGGAAUUUUAAUAGAUAGACUAAUUAAUAUCAUAACGUUAAGUUGUCAUACAUAUUCGAAAGUAAGGCUCAUUACAUUGGAAUUGGCAAUUAAAUUAUUAACACAAUUGGCAAUGUCGGAAGGACAUUCCAUGUUAAAAGAUUCACAUUUGGAAGCGAUCGAAGCGGUUAAAGAGCAAAGCACGUGGUUGUUAAAAAGUUUUUAUAAGAGCGAAGACAUAUUCUUAGAUAUGUUUGAGGAUGAAUACAGUGAAAUUCAAAAACGACCUUUAAACGUUGAAUGGUUAAUGAUGGACAGUAAUAUUUUAUUACCACCAACGGGAACACCGAUGACUGGAAUUGAAUUUACUAAAAGGUUACCAUGUGGUGGAAACGUAAAAUUAAUGGUUGCACAGGUGGAAAGGGUACGACGCGCUAUAAGAGUAUUUUUUUUAAUAAGAGAACUCUCUCUGACGCUUAACAUGGAAGUGGAAACACAAUUGCCCCUUACAAAUCCAGCUAAUUGUGUUCAAGUUGACAAUGUCCUUGAUCUAAAUAAUAGCGACUUGAUCGCGUGUACGGUUGUGUGGAAAGACGGUCAAAAGAUUCGGCGUUUCUUAGUUAUCGAUGUUGUGCAAUUAAUUCUGGUGGAACCUGAUACUAGUAAACUCGGUUGGGGAGUGGCAAAAUUGGUUGGUUUUUUACAAGAUAUCGAGGUCGCGGGUGAUAAAGAUGAUUCUAGAUGUCUACAUUUAACAAUUUACAAACCUUUAAGUAGUAGCAUUGGCAACCGAGUUCCUUUGUUAUCAACAAAAUUUAUCUUUGACGAUCACAUUAGAUGUAUGGCUGCAAAACAAAGGCUAACCAAAGGAAGAAUAAAAGCACGGCAGAAAAAAAUGAAUCAAAUCGCAAGACUACUUGACAUUCCAACAAGCAUGCCUCACUCUUCCACGCCACCAAAUUAUGCUCUACGCGGUUUACGACAUGAACGAAUUGGUCGUGGUCAAAGACAGAAAGAUCAACCACGGCCAAUGUUUACAGUAAACAAAGUACCUGGAUUCGCGGCACAAAUGCGUAGAGAAAACGUAAGACCUACCGCCGUUGAUCUGUCGUCAACUUCCAAACGUGGUGAUAAUAGCCCAAAUGAGAAGAGUCAAGAAAAUGGUUUGCAAUCCCGAGAUAGUUCACCAAAGAUGCCAAGGCCACGGAGCGAAGAAAUUCCGUUGGAAGACAUGCGACUUCGAAAAGCAUCUUUAACAUCCAAUGGAUUGACCGCAUCACACAUAUGUCAGGAGAAGCAAGAAGGUCAAAUUUCUGCUUGUUCAACUAAUGGCGAACCAUCAACUGUGAUCAGAAAACAUUCUGAAGAGACAUCGUUUACCUGCCCACAAGAAGUGAAACCGCGUAGGAAGGGUCAAGUGGAAACAGUAUGAUUGUUGGGGACAGAUUUUAAAAAUAAGAACACAUAGUUCAAAUACAAAUUUUGUUUAGACAAUUUAAAAAAUCUGGGAAUGUAUAUGCGGUAUUGAGUUAAUGGAAAACGUCUUUGAUCUGUGUAAUAAAGGAUUUUACUACAGGU